UUCAAAAGGGUCUCCAUCUCCUCUCCUCUCCAUCUCGCUUCCCGAGCUCCGAUCGGCGUCCCCGAGCUCCGAUCGCCUCUCCAUCUCGCUUCCCGAGCUCCGAUCGGCGUCCCCGAGCUCCGAUCGCCUCCCCAUCUCGCUUCCCGAGCUCCGAUCAUCGUCCCCGCGCCGACAUCAAUCCAUCGCCUCCCCAUCUCGCUUUUCGAGCUCCGAUCGGCGUCCCGCGCCGACAUUAAUCCAUCGCCUCCCCAUCUCGCUUCCCCGCCACCGUCGACCUCGCCCUCCGGUGCUUCCGGGAUAGUUUAAUAUCCAGUCAAGAAGACUGCAAUGGCUUUAGGAGAAGCCCUGUUUGAUGAAGAGCUCGGCAAACCUAUAGGGCAGAUUGUUGCCGUAUGCGGCCGCAACCAGAUACUGAGUUCCACAUUGCAGUCAAUUAAGUGGAGGGUCCCUGUGAAGAUUAGAGGAUUUGAGACCCAGAUGGAGAAAUGGAUGGGUGCUUGUGAUUGUAUCAUAACAAAGGCAGGGCCUGGUACAAUUGCUGAGGCAUUGAUCAGGGGACUUCCUAUCAUCCUCAAUGACUUCAUACCUGGACAGGAGGUUGGCAAUAUCCCAUAUGUAGUAGACAAUGGAGCUGGAGCUGGACUCUUGGCGCUUCCGUGAUUGCAGGAUGGUGGUAAUCUAUCUUAACUGAUGUUCUUGAUUGUUUCUGCCGAGUGGGUGAUCUUUUAGCUGUUGUCGAAUGGAUGGAGGAAAUUGUGGUUCAUUAUGCAUGUUCUUAGUUAUGUAAUUCUAAAAUUCACUGAACAUGAUGCUGAUGUUGUGAUGCAUCCUUUUGGAUUGUCAUAUGGGGUAGAAUUUUGUUGUGAUAUUGUAAAUUGUAAUGCUGUGAUGCUAAUACUGUGACCGUUUGUUUGGAUUAUUUGGAUUGUCAUUUG